AUGUUUGGACGGUCAUAUGGAUGGCCUCGUAGAUUGACGAACAACACUUGCAGUUGUAGAAAGUUUCAGCUUGAGCAGCUACCUUGCAAGCAUGUAGUGGCAGUUUGCCGCUUCUUGAAAGUAAAGGUAUACUCAAAGGCUUCCGGGAUUACACUCGGAAACCUGAUGGAUGCUUAUUCCGAUAGCAUCUACCCGAUACAGCCUCACGGAAUGUGGGAAUUCUGA